CAGAAUGACACAUAUAGACAGUUCACCACGUUUUACAUAUCUGAUAACGCAUAUAUUGAUAUCAAUAUUCAAUAUCACACCAAAAUAUAUCAUCCAAACGUCUUAUGGUAGUCCAAUUCCCAACUCGAAGGAAUAUACUGGAAUCAUUGGGGAUGUCCAAAGUGGAAGAGCUGUAAUGGGAGCUACACCCGUAUUCUUUUUGGACAGCAGAGUACAUGUAGUGGAGUAUAUUGCCCCGAACACCAAAUCAUAUCUCAACUUCUACUUCAAAUCACCCCCUCUAUCUUACGUGUCUAACAUAUUCGUUAAGCCUUUCAACGAAUACGUAUGGUAUUCCUGUUUCAUCCUGAUAGGAUUAACACUGGCCACUAUGUUUACCAUUUCAAAGUGGGAAUGGACAGAUCCAUACUUCAGAAGACAGAUAAAACGCAUGCCAGAUGCCACUAAACCAGCAAUUAGUGAUGUAGCAAUUUUGCAGCUAGGGGUUAUAAGCCAACAAGGAAGUGAUACCGAACUGAAAAGCAGUUCUGGAAGAAUUGCUAUGAUUUUUGCUUUGAUCGCAUUCAUGUUUCUAUACACGGCUUAUGCUGCAAAUAUAGUGGCCAUCUUACAAUCCACCAGUGACUCUAUCAAGGAGCUCAAGGACCUAUUGGCUUCAGGAAUGGAACUUGGAGUGGAAAAAGCACCAUAUAUUGUGAAUUUAUUCAAGAAUGUCUCUAGUCCAAUAGGAAGAGAAAUUAUCGAAAAAAGGCUAAAACCAAAAGGAGAUAAAUUCCUCAUGCCUCUAUCAGAGGGAACUGACAAAAUGCGUUCUCAAUUUUUUGCUUUUUUUACUGAGCCUAGUUCAAUCAACAAACUGAUGUCUGAUUAUUUUGAUGAAGCUGAGAAAUGCAACGUAAGAUACGUGGAAUACACAAAGGUCAUGGAACCUUGGUUCAUCACUCAAAAGAAUGGAUGUUACAAAGAACUACUGAAAGUUGGGUUGCUGAGGCUACGUGAGCUAGGCUUCUAUAUGGCAGAAAGAAAACGAAUUUUUCACGAAAACCCAACAUGCUUCACCAGAUUGAGCAGAUUUUUCAGUGCUGGUCUUAUUGAUACCUACCCAGGAUUUUUAUUUUUUGGUGUUGGUUGUCUUCUUGGUCUUUUGAUAUUUUUCGUAGAAGUUUUCGUUGAAAGACGCAAAAAAGCUUACCGUAAGAAAAAACAACAGUCAAAUGUAUAUUUUAAUCAGGGAAAUGUAUUUUUUGGAACAAAAAUUGCGAAAUAAAGGAUGUACUCUUUUAUAUG